UUACAUCAAUGAAGGCCUGUAUCAUUACACUUCCCAGUGGGAAGCGUACAUGUCCUGAUGUCUCCUCGAAAAGGCUGUCUUUACUGAUCUUAUCAUUUCUUCUCCUCAGCACCGCUUUUUUCUGUUUGUACAACUAUUCUUUUUCUCCAUGGAGGCUGGAUAUGGAGUUGGUUUACAGGAGGAGUUCAUUGCCUUCGAGCAGGGCAUUUGGGUUGGUGAACCGAUGUGAUAUGUUUUCCGGAGAUUGGGUUCCUCAAGUCGAGGGGCCUUACUACACGAAUGAAACUAAAUGUCAGAUUGAUGAUCGACAAAACUGCAUCAAGUUCGGACGACCAGACACCGAAUUCAUGAAAUGGAGGUGGAAGCCAAGUCAAUGCGAGGUACCCCCGUUUAAUGCAACUCUCUUUUUGGAGCUUGUAAGAGGAAAGUCGCUGGCCUUUAUCGGUGAUUCACUCGCAAGAAAUCAAAUGCAGUCAUUGGUUUGCCUCUUAGCAAGUGCAGCUGAUCCUGUGGAUAACUCAUAUACAGCAGACCCAAGAUUUAGGCAGUGGUUUUAUGCAGAAUAUAAUUUCACGCUAGCCAUUUUCUGGUCCGUUCACUUGGUGAAAUCCGAAGAUGCCGACACCAAUAUCUACCCCGUCACGAGUCAAACCCUCUACUUGGACGAGGUUGAUGAGAUCUGGGCCAAUCACAUUGAAAAGUUCAAUUAUGUGAUCAUAUCAGCUGGACAGUGGUUCCUCCGGCCACUCGUGUACUACAGAAAGGGUAAGCUUAUAGGUUGCUACGCCUGCAACAAAAGGAAAAUCACCGGCCUUAGUAUGUACUAUGGGUACCAAAUGGCCUUCAGGACAUCGUUUACGACGCUGCUAAAUUUGGAAAAGUUUAAGGGAACCACAUUUCUGAGGACAAUAUCUCCGCAACACUAUGAGAACGGAGGAUGGAAUACAGGUGGGACCUGCGUGAGAACAAGGCCGAUUGCAAAGGACGAAAUCAGGUUUGAGGAAUACUUCUUGAAACUUUACUCGACUCAAGUUGCGGAGCUGAUAGCCGCAGACGGGAAAGGGAAGAAGAGGGGCUUGAAGUUUCGGAUCCUAGACCCAACUGAUAUGAUGGCAGAGAGGGCAGAUGGUCACCCAAACCACUAUGGACAUGGCCCUGGUGCCAACUUCACAAAUGCUGAUUGCGUCCAUUGGUGCCUACCAGGGCCCAUUGACACCUGGAAUGAGAUCUUGCUUCAAGUGUUGCAGUCGGAAUAUAAUGCUACUAGCCUGAUGGGUAAGAGCACACCAACAAAUCAGACAAAUUCUUGAAUUUCCGCCCGGUCAACUGAGGUUCCCCUACCCCAUGAUUCUUCCUGUUUUCGCAAGCUUCAAUGUGUCUCACUUUGUCAUCAUGGUAUUGUUUAUUGACAUGCAUGCAGAAAUAGUUGCGAGACUCCGACUUGUCUGAUUAGCAAUUACAAAUCAGGUCUAUUACAUUGUAUA